AUGGCCGUCAAGAGCAGGCAGCCGAGCGGCUCUCGCAGCCCCGGUCGUGACGGACAUGAUGGUCAGGAACCGCUGAUGCCCGCCGACUUUGUCGACGAGCGGGCGCCGCGGGACGGGUACGCCGACGCCUCGGACAAGCAAACGACAGGCGGCGAGGCGCGCUGCUUCGUCGUGACGGCGCAAGACAACGCGCGCGUGCUGCGGCGCAUCGACCUCUACGUGCUGCCGCUGAUGCUGGCCGUCUACUUUCUGCAGUCGCUCGACAAGACGACGCUCGCGUACGCGUCCGUGUUUGGGCUCAUCGAGGACACGGGCCUGCAGGGCGACGAGUACUCGUGGCUCGGCUCCGUCGUGUACGUCGCGCAGCUCGUCAUGCAGUUCCCGCUGGCGUGGCUGCUCGUCAAGAUGCCGCUCGGGCGCUUCACGGGAUGCAUGUGGCGCUCUGGGGCGAAGCUCUCGCAGCCAUGUCGAAGUUUCGAUCGGUUUCUUCGCUAUUCGUGA